AUGCGGGGUGAGGCGGCUGGGGCGGGAGGCGGAGCCCGGCCUGGGGAUGAUGUCACCUGGAGCGAGUGGCGCGCGGCGUGGAACGCCAGUCGCGACCCCGGAUUCCGGCGACACGCGCUCGGGUUAUAAGGUGGGGUGAAUGCCUGGUCGGCGAGUGCACCUUACUCUGCACCCCUGAGCCCGCCUCGGGAACUGCACGUGGCACCCCCACCUCUCGCGCAGACUAUUGCGCGGCCGGCAGGGCUCCCCCGGCGGACUAAGCUAAUGGUUCGCUCCGCCCCGCCCACAAAGAGGCCGCCCACUGACUGGCGCGUUUCAGGACUCCUCUGUCAGACCAGCUACACAGAAAGGGGGCUUGGCUUCCACCCUCAGAAUCUCGGAAGGGUUGGGGGAGUUGUCUUCAGCUCUGAUCCCGCGCUCAGACCCAGACCGGGUCCCAGCCUCCAUCCUGGACUUAUCGCCAGGAAGCCGGCCAGCCUCUGUCUUCGGACCUGGCAAAAACUCUCAAGUUCCGCUCUCAGACCCUGA